AUAAGAAACCUGCUACCUCCCUGAAUCAAGAAAGUGAACUGCUGUUCUCCUCUCCACUUUUAUUCUGGUGGCCGUUGGAAAAUGGCGACUGUUGCGGAGCUCAAAGCAGUUUUCAAGGAUACACUGGAAAAAAGAGGUGUAUUGGGCCACUUAAGAGCAAAGAUCCGAGCUGAAGCUUUUAAUGUACUAGAUGAUCAAGGUGAAAAACCUCCACCACUGUCUCAUGAAAACCUUCUAAUUAAUGAAUUAAUUAGAGAGUAUUUGGAAUUCAACAAAUAUAAGUAUUCAGCAUCUGUCCUUGCAGCUGAAUCUGGUCAACCGGCAAUGCCAUUGGAAAGACAAUUUCUCAUUAAGGAAUUAAAUAUAUUUGAAGAUUUGAACACAAAAACAACCUCUUUUAUAUGGAAUUAUAUCUCAUUUCUUACAUGCAAGUAAAGAUGGCAUCCAAACCACUUUCAUGAAAGGAUCUUCACUUCAGCCUCCAAGAUGAAACUUUGACAGGCAGUCCAAUUAAAAAAACAUGAGAUGUGUAUGGGCAUUUAGAAAAGUGAAGGAUAACAGGCACUAAUACAGAAGAUCAUCAUGUUUCUCAAGCUGUGAAGAAAUGAUAGCUUUCAUUUGGUGCAAAUACACAUCUUUUAAUUUCCCUGCAUGUAUAUUAAAUUGCUAUUUAUUGUCACAAUAUAACACUAUACAAAUAAUAUGUGUAUUUUGUAGAAAUGCAAGUUUUUGGAACACAUUUAGCCAUCUCAUGUGUUUCUACAUUUGUGAAUAAAGGUUAACUAAGCUUAAUGAAUUUGAAUUGAAAAAGAUAAGCAUUUUGUUUUUAAGCAAUAUUUUAGGAUAUUCCAAACUAGUAGAAAAUGAAAAUGCAUUCAUUUGCCAUGAAACUCUCCUCUUUCCCUUUCUAAUUCCUCCUGGAAAACCGAACUAUAUUAUACAUCACAGUGUGUUUUUCAGUGUACUUCAUUCAGUAUAUUUAUUCCUCCAACUAAAAUUAUGUUACAUAGCAAAAUUCAUUUAAAAUACAUAUAAAUGUGGAACAAAUUUGAAGUGCAAAGGUUACUUUAAAAAUACAUUAAAACAAGAAAAACUUUGGUUAAUCAGUAAUUUUUGAAAUAUAUUAUGAUUUUCCAGGGAGCUGGUUUUUAAUAGUUAAGGAUUUUAAAAUUCUUUGAAUAUGAAUUUUUAAUUACUCACCAAUCUCUUUCCUUGAAAAGUUUAUGCUUUUUUUCAAAAGGGUUAAUCUAGAGAUUGGACAAGAACUAGCUUUUUAAAUUUCCAUUAAGUAAAACAAAGGGCUAUUUUGUAGUAUGGAAAGUGUAGGCAAUGAAGAGACAGGCUUUGGGUUAAAAUACCAGGAUGUGUCUACCUGUUAAAAAGAUGGUACUAUUUAGCCUUUAUAUAGCUAAAUACCUCGAUGAUACAUUUUAAAGAUGAAAUGUCCAAGUAUCUACCCUGUAUUCACAAACUUUAAAAGUUUUCAUUAAAAUUUAUUUUGGCUUCAAAAUAGGAUACUUUGAAAUUUUCUUGUAAACUCUUCUAAAAUGUGCUUUCUCCCAUAUUUAUUAGAGCAGUUAUAUACUUAAUGUGGAAUUAACAUAUUUUCCCAGUUGCUCUAAAACAUGUAUCUGAUUAUUACAGAAUAUGGCACCUGGCCAACAGAAGCUACAUAUGCAAUCUAAUAAAAGUAAAAUUUUGAAAAGUAUUUUUUUGUUAUAGAGAACUUUUAGCCUUAACUGUAAACCCUUGUUUAUUGGGAAAAAUGUUAAGGGCUUUAUUUAGUUCAAGCAAGACUCCAAUUGAAAAUACUUUGUACUGAUUUUAUAUUUGGUGAUAAGAGAUAUAAUGUUUAGUGUUUUGAGAUUAAAAGAUCAAAAGUGUUACCAGAAUACAAAAAUAAAUACUAUCAUUAGCCAUCAUCUUAUAAGUCUUUAGAUUUUAAGUAGAUCAGUUUACUGAAAAGUUAGAGUUCAUGUACAACUGAUCUAAUAAAACCAUAUAAAUGCAAGAGUAUCAUAAGAACUAGUUUUAAAAUAAAAUUUGUAGUCUGAUUAUAAUUAUGAGUUGCGUUGUAUGUGGGAAUUUAAAAUGUCUGGAUUCUUCCCAGAAGAUUAACUUCAGACUUCAAAGAUGUUGGCAGUGAACAUUGAAUUUACCUCAGGAUUUUCAAUCAUGUAAGAUUAUAUAUAUUCAAUCAAAAUUGAGUACUGUAAUUUUGGUACAGAUGUCAAAACGGCAAAAGAGUAGCUAACUAGAAUUGUGUUGAAUAGAGACUAGUGCUUUUGGAUGCAAUGUUUUGUAAUAAUUUUUAUACUAAGAUGACUGAUAAUUUAAAUGUAUCUUUCAAUAAAUGAGGUUAAAGUA